UGCGGUCCUCUUGCAUUUUCAAUCGCUCUAAUUGCUUAAUAGUUAACGUACAAGACUGGACUGAUUGAAGGUUUUGAACUUUGAAGAGGCCAAUUAGCCAACUCUUCCGGCGAGCUCUACACCUUCAAUUCUAAGGGUAUAUACGGUUGCGUCCUUGAUUUAAUUCCUAUAGUUUUGAAUAUCUGAAGAAAUUUUUAUCAGGAUUGUGGGAGUGAUACUGAAACUAGGGUUUCGAAGAUGAGUGACAAUUUGAUGGAUAAAGUUAAUGCUUUUAGCGAGCGCUUGAAGGUUGAAGGAGCUGAGAUUGGUAGAAAGAUGACUGCUGGCAUGAGCUCUAUGAGUUUCAAGGUGAAGGAGCUCUUCCAAGGCCCCAAUCAGGUUGAUAAGCUCGUUGAGGAAGCCACGGCUGAAACUUUAGAUGAGCCCGAUUGGGCCACCAAUCUUGAACUUUGUGACAUGAUCAAUCAUGACAACAUCAGUAGUGUUGAACUAAUUCGCGGCAUAAAGAAGCGGAUCGUGUUGAAGAGCCCUAGGGUUCAGUAUUUGUCAUUAGUGUUGCUUGAGACUCUUGUCAAGAAUUGCGAGAAGGCUUUCUCGGAGGUCGCUGCUGAGAGGGUGCUCGAUGAGAUGGUGAAGUUGAUUGAUGAUCCUCAAACUGUUCUCAACAAUCGGAACAAGGCUCUGAUGUUGAUUGAAGCAUGGGGGGAGUCGUCCAAUGAGCUCCGGUAUUUGCCUGUUUAUGAAGAGACAUACAAGAGUUUGAAAUCAAGGGGUAUACGUUUCCCUGGUCGUGAUGAUGAGAGUUUGGCUCCUAUAUUUACUCCUCCCCAAUCAGUCUCAGCUCCAGAAUUAAAUGAGAGCCUUGACCAACAAAUUCCUCCUGAUAUUCCUGUGCAAGCACUUUCAGCUGAACAAACGAAGGAAGCAUUUGAUGUGGCAAGAAACAGUAUUGAGCUUCUUAAUACGGUUCUAUCCUCUUCACCCCAACAAGAUGCUUUACAGGAUGACUUGACAAUCACGCUUGUACAGCAGUGUCGUCAGUCCCAAUUUACUGUUCUGAGAAUUAUUGAGACCGUUGAGGAUAAUGAGGCCCUGCUGUUUGAAGCCUUAAAUGUGAAUGAUGAAAUCCAGAAAAUCCUCUCAAAAUAUGAAGAUUUGAAGAAACCUUCAGCAGUCCCAACGGAGCCAGAACCCGCCACGAUACCCAUUGCCGUUGAGCCUGAAGAAUUACCCGGUGCCGGGAAAGAAGACGCUUUAAUUAGAAAACCAGCAGGUUCUAGAGGUGGUGCCCCUGGAGCGAACGAUGACAUGAUGGAUGAUCUUGAUGAGAUGAUCUUUGGCAAGAAAGCCGCUGGCACAUCAGAAGUGGGGCAUGAUACAAAGAAGCAGCAAUCACCAAAAGACGAUCUCAUCUCCUUCUGAAUUUCCCCUGCGUAUAGGACUUCACAUUUGGGACUGAUGAGGCCUUUGAUCGUGUUGAUACGAGGCCAUUUAGGUGUUGAAUACGUUUAAUUUGAUGCUUGAAAGCCUAUAACCAUCCUAAACAGUUCUGGAAUUUUUUUUUCUAAUAUUUUUCAUUCAUUUUUGGAAGUUUCACUUCCAUUGUUCAUGCACAUUUGAAACUUUAAAUUUGGGUAAAUAAUUGGUUGACGACAUGUAGAAAUGAUACAUUGUGAACAAAUUUAUGCAGUUUGUGUCUGCUAUUUGGUACAA